CGUAGAAACAGGAAAUGCAAAGGAAGCGCCAAACAAACACAAUAAAUAGAUAAAUUCUCACCUGAAAGUGUCUUAAAAUGAACAGUCAGGACUCUGCUUUAAUAAGCAACAAAUCUCGCUGCGUGUUUUUUAAUGCAGACUCGAAAGACUAUCGAUGUGUGGUGAUUUUAUCAGUAAAACGAGCCACAGGAACCUUCUCCUUACUAGGAUGCCUUUUCAUGCUGUUUGUAAUCUGGCUGCUUCGGCGGUAUCACUCCUUGGCUCAGAAGAUGAUUCUUAGCCUGACUGUGGCCGCUUUCUUCGACAGUGUAGCGUACGUCAUGAGUGAGACCCAUCCGGAGGGAUCUUUAUGUGACUUCCAGGCCUGGUGGCUGACGUACUUUGACUGGAGUGCCUUGGCCUGGGUUUGCCUCAUUACACUGAACCUGUACCUGAACCUGGUCCGAGAAAUAAGCACCAACAAAUAUCAGAUGUUGUACCAUCUGAUGGCGUGGGGGGUACCUUUGAUCAUGGCCUCUUUGCCGCUGUUCAAGGGUUACUACGGUCCUGCAGGUCCCUGGUGCUGGAUCACAGAUGAUCACGUAGCCUGGAGAUUUGGGAUAUGGUACGUGCCUCUUUUCAGCCUCAUCUUCCUGAUGAUCUGCUGCUACGCACGAAUCAUCUGGGUGGCCAAUAACAGAAUGCAGUCAUGGUUGGGAACUUUCAACCCAGAAAGGGAGAGACGAAAGGUUUCCCUGGCUGAGGAGAUCAAGCCGCUGAAGUGGUACCCCUCCGUUUACCUGCUGGUGUCCAUCUUUCCCCUCGUUAACAGGCUCCAUAACGCCUUCUACCCUUGGGACCCUUCGUUCCCCCUGACCCUUUUACACGUCCUGUCAGCACCUCUCCAUGGAUUGGCCAACGCUUUUGUUUUUGGUCUGGAUAAAGAGUGGUGGAGCCUAUUGAGCCCGACGGGCAUGCAGCUGGCUCUGCAGUCACGGCUCUGUGACCGAACGCAAAUCGGAGAGUACUACCCCGGGGCAGUGCGCUACACACAAGCGGACCUAAUCGACCCGAGCGAUGACGAGGACGAUGACACCAACGUGCUCUUCUACUCUCCUAACAUGACCCUGAAAGACCGAGGCCCCUGAGAGGGAACGAGGGAGACAAAAGAGCUGGAGGGAAGAAGCACAAAGGAGGGUCACGGCCAGAGAGAAACGCAGCAGAUUAGAAACUGAGGGAGGAAAAAAGAGGUAGGAAGGGAAGGGAAGAGAAGAUUGUGGGGACAGUCAGGCAGAUAGAAGCCGGAGAUGAGCUGUCAGGUUCCAUUAUUAAUCCCCAUCCUUUACUAUUUAAUAUCCUUAAG